AUGCAUUCCUCUUCAUCUUCUACAAAGAAUUCAUGUGAUGAUAAUCCAACUGAGAAGACUGCCAAUUCUACCAACAAGUUUGUGAUAAUUGGACUACCUCUCUCCACACUCCACACCCCAUCUCUCUUAUUCUUCAAAUCAACAUCCCCCACCACCAUCACUCAUCUCCAAAAAUUGGUCACCGAAUCGUCCAACAAUUUGAUUCAUAACCUCCACAACUCCAUUGAUAAAUGCCUCAAUUUCCUGCAUCUCUUCGCUUCCGAAAAUCCCCUUUUCGCCAAAUUGCAAACUCUCUCCUCUGAAUACCACAACUUCUGCCAGAUUAAUCGCAGAAACCAGAGGAAUUUGAAGUCUGUGUGGAAUCAUGAUUUUGCUGCAAUUAUCCCAGGGGAUUCAGUGGUAGGGCUUGUGGUAUCAAAUGGUGUUCUAAAUUUCUUGAACAUUUACAACACUUUGUUGGUUGUAAGGCUUGUUCUUACAUGGUUUCCCAAUUCCCCUCAAGCCAUUGUGAGUCCACUCAGCACUGCUUCUGCACUUCCUGCUGAGCUUCCAUCCACAGAAGCUUCAUCAUCUUCUCAAAAAAGCCCAUCAUUUCAUACAGAAAUAAUGUCUCACUUUACCUCUUCCCAAAAGAAAUGGAUGAAAAGGUUUGAUACAAAAAGGUCAAACGGAUCAAGCGUUGACCACUAA